AUGGCGCCAGGCAACAGAAGGAGCAGUCCUCCUGCAAAGACCGCCGACCUUACCCACGCUUUAAUUGACUCCUCGAUUGACACUCGGGAAACAGCAGAUAUUCAGAGCCGGGUUCUGAUAGCCCUUGACUUCCCAACACGGAUUUUUGCAGUAGACGGAUUAUCGUCAGAGGAAGCCCUGGUGUUCACGGGGCGGUUAGGCGGACUGUUUUCGCGGGGUGGAUUGGCCUGUCAUUGUCGGCGCCGCGGGCUGCUCUAAAUGCUGUCCUUGAGUCUGGUCUUCAGAAACAUAUUGAUGCCCCAGAUGUCGUAUAUUUUGUUACGGUCAUGGUUUUACAGUUGGCUCCGACGGUAGGUUGCACAAUUCUCUCCCCAAGCCUAAUAUUGUCUAUUAAUAUCCCAAUCAGGCACUUAACACUGGGAAGUUACUUCAAAGAGUGCUUGAACGUAGCAAGGACCCUCUGUUCUCCCGGAGGGAUACACGCCAUAAGAUCUCUCACAGGAUAUGGCAUGCGGUAUCUGUUUCCUUUUAUCUCUCGUUAGAUCAUCAUAAUCAACUAUAAUAACUCUGGAUGGAGUAUUAGGGUUAUAUCCCCGCACCAACGCUACCAUAGACACUACUUUGCUAAAGAUUAUAUGGGGUGUGGAAGCGCAUCUAUCCCAGAACUACGCCAAUAG